GCACAGCCACAAUAUGCUCGCCGUUCUCCCGUCCACACCACCACCAUGUUAACCUUAAGGAGGGGACUGGCAGCAUCACGAGCCUUCCGGAGGUUUUCAACUAAGCCCCAUCUGAUUCCGCCAGCCAACCUUACUGAGGGAGAGAAGCUAAUAUAUGACAAAUUGACCGACAAGUUUUUGCCAAGUGAGCUAGACGUGCAAGACAUCUCAGGAGGCUGUGGUGAUUUCUAUGCCAUCAAAAUAGCAAGUGAAGCUUUUAAAGGCCUUUCAACCUUGAACCAGCAUAGACUUGUAACACGAGUACUGAAACAAGAAAUUGAAGGAAUUCAUGGGUUACAGGUCAAGACCAUCUCAUCAGAAUCAGAAUCAUAACUUGGGCGGAUAGUGCUUCUUCGGACACAUACCCGUUUGUGUGGUACAUACGUAUACAAGGUGUUGACGGCAUUUUAUUUCAUUUUAGCCCUAGAAAAAUCUCGUCACCG